AUAUUGACGAGUGUAAAAAGAAAACUUACGGAUGUGAUGUUAAUGCCGAAUGCCAUAAUACUGAGGGAUCAUUUUUCUGUAAAUGCAAGGCUGGUUAUGUGGGAAAUGGUCAAAAUUGUGCAGGUUAGAAACUUAUCUGUUUCAUGACUCCUUACUUUACAUCGUGUUCAAAAAUUGCGGCAGAUCUGGGGCAAGUGAGCGGCCAAACUAUUAAAAAAUUAAUUAGCACUUCUUUACUGCCUUAGUUCUUUAGAUUACGAGCAAACAUGUCAAAUAUAUCGAUAGUGACCCCCACCACACAGCAUAUUUACCAACGCUGAACAUUAUAUCGCGAAUUUUCCACCCAUGGAUUGCCUUCUGGGAGUGAUAGGUAACAGAGGCUUUCCUGCGCUUGAGGCCAGUUAGCUGUAUCACUUUGAAAAUACCUCUGAUUUCUCCCCACAUUAAACCUUUCUUUUUCUUAUUGGCACAUCGACGAGAGGCGCUUUGUGAUAUACGACUCGGCUUUACUAAGAAAGACACAAGGGAGGAUGUGAAAGAGACUCUGAAGGCCUCGAUAUUUUUUUCCAAUCCUUGUAACUCUCACAGUUAUGAACAUGAAAAACGACUUAUGAUUCAACAGUUGUUUUUGUUAGCGGCAAAUCUUCCCGGAGUACGACCAAAGAUAAGGCAUCCCAUGUUAUAAGUUUUCCCGAGCUCAAUUAAGGCACGUUAUCAAUUUUUUCUGUAUCAGAAAUUUUGGACUGUGCGCAAACUCCAUGUCAUAAUGGAGGGGCCUGCACCAACGAAGGUGAUGGAUACAGAUGCAAAUGUCUACAUGGAUUCACUGGUACUUACUGUGAAACAGGUUGAAUAGGAAAUGCUUUAUUUUCACUUGAAAUUUAAUAUUGUAGGCACUAAGUAUUGUUCCUGCAAACAUUUUCAAGAGGUGCUAUGAUGGCGAUUGGGGUUUACAGGAGAUAACUGCAAGGCACUGACACUUGGACUCUUUAAUCCACAAUCAUUAAUUUUGUGUAAUUAGAGAAAUAAGUUGUUUCACCCAAGUUUUUUAAUCGCGGAAAAACCGUUUUAUAAAUGGGCUUUGGACAAUUUAUUGAGCUAAAAAGCAAGAAAUUCUAUUCUAUACCUAGAGACAUGGUUUCUUUAUUCAUAUUUUUAGAAAUUGAUGACAUUUUACUAAUAAAGUAUAAGUAAUAUCUUAUUCUACAACUAAUUUGUGUAAUGAUUUUAAGACAACCGGAAAUAUUUGCUAAAUAUGAUUUGGUAUGGAUAUCGACAACUGUGCCAACAAGCCUUGUUUGAAAAAAGGGACGUGCAUUGACGAUAUGAACAAACACAGUUGCAUUUGUGCAAUUGGGUGCAGUGAAAAAAACUUGAAAUAGGAAGGCUACUCUUUGAUCGACCGUUAAAAUGGGGGUGCUUCACACUGAAGUAGUGAAAAGAUGAUCACGAAUUCUAGCUUUUAUGUUUAAUUGUUUACAUAACUAAAGUACUAUGCAAAUAAAAUCUGUGCUGUAGAUCCCCAGGCAGAUCCCCUAUUGUGAGGGGACGGAUCUGGUAAUUUAACCUUUACAUUCCUUAAAGUAAAGAAACAUAGUAAUAUACCUGGUUUAUUUUCUAUCAGAUAUUGACGAGUGUGCUCAGAAUACUCACAGCUGUAGUAUGACCAGUGGGGUUUGUAAAAAUACGCCAGGAUCAUUUAGAUGCAGUUGUAAACCCGGGUUCAUCGGAGACGGACACAAUUGUGAAGGUUUGUCAAGAUGAUGAUGGCAUAUAGCAAUCAUGAACCAAUGUUACUCUGAUUAGUGACACAUUUUGCAAUCUGUAAAUUAUACAAAAGAUGACAAUAAGCAAAUAUAAGCAAUAAGCGAAAAGUCCAAAACUGCUCAUAAAACGCAUAGAAGAGAUCUUAACAUUUGAACCUUUCAUGCACAACUCUUCAGCACAAGGUCAUACACGAUAAAAAUGUUGUGCUUCUUCAUUUUUUGUUUUGCUACUUGGUUGUGUUCAGUUCCAGAGUAAACUGAGUAUAUAAGAAUAGGGAGGCAUUUUACUGAGAACAUAGGUGUUGGAGAGUAACGUAAGUGAAGAUCAACUACCGAAUCCUUUUCUGUGUCUAGGAACAUGUAGAGAAAUACAUCCGUGCUUUUCAUUUCGAUUGUUGCAGGAUACAUAAACGGCUCAAAUAUAUUGUCGAAAAAUGAAUCUUAUUUCGCUUAUCUUCGUGGGUUCCUGGUCCCUGCCGUUGGAAAUAAUACUGGUUGGCUGCUAUGCUACCGCGCCUCCUUACAUGGAUGGGCUGGUGAGGAGUUCCACACCCGUUGCGAUGGAAAGGGAAAUAUUGUAACGUUUAUUCAGACAGACCAGUAUGUUUUUGGAGGGUACACUGAUAUUCCAUGGGGUAAGAAACGGUUUCCACUUUGUAGUAUAACAGGGUAAUUUAGUAUUAUCAACUGAGUUGAUUACGUAAAUUAGCCACCGUAAAGAGUUUUAAAGCUAAGUCUGGCUUUUGAUGUCACAUCUGCCAAAUAUACAAUCAAGCAAGUUUAUCUUUGCAAUAGCUGAAAGGAUUUCCAACUUGUUUAGUAUCUUCAUUAUGCGAACAAGUGUUAGUAAACAUGCCCUCUCAUUUUCGGAAAACAAGAUUCAAAGUUCCAAUGUCAAAUAACAUAAAUAAAGACCAGGGAGACAACAUGAUGAGUAAAAACCAGAAUUUAUAAUGGUAUCGUACAUGUCUAAGACGUAUUGUCAAUCAGUACCUACCAGUUCACUUCAGUUGGACAUGUGACGUAAACCUUACAGACAGUUUGGACAUAAUGACUAUGACCAGUAUUAUAGAUAGAAUUCACGAAAAGGACUCACGCGAACCGUCCGAAAAGAGCACUUCUCUGAUGCCUUGGUGUGUAAAUAUGGGAUUCAAAACAGGUAUCAUGACCUCAUUUUCAAACAUUAGUGCGAGGAAAUUAUACCGUUAAAUCGUUUAAAUAACUGUUCGUCCAAAGAAAAAAAGCCAUACAUGAUUAACUGAUUCAAAAUUUUUCUUGGCAGGUUGUUCUCCCGGAGCAAGAACAGAAGACCAGUCAGGUCGCUGUUGUAUAUUUCCUUUCAAGUAUAAAGGCCAUACCUACAAUCAAUGUAUAUUGGGAAAACUUUUCAAACGGUGGUGCUCAUUCGAUGCUGUCUACAGUCGUCAUUGGGCUUAUUGCGGUGAGGAAAAAGUUAUUCUUGAGAAUGUAUUAUGUAUAUAUGUAUAUAUGUUUAAAUAUAUUAUAUUUUUUCUCUCACCUUUUUUCAGUCUCAAUAACUUCAUGACAAAAAUAUUGAACAAUUAAGUCAUAGGAUGAUUUCUUUCAACUCCGGCCAAAUGUUACCAGCUUUAAUAGAGGAAAAAUGUAAACUGGUAAAAAAUUCCUAUAAAAGGUUUCAAUUUUAGCUUAUUGUGUUGACCUGUAGAUGAUGAUCCGUACAAAGGAUAUCACACGACAGACAAGGCUUUUAUUUUUUCGCUCAAAAACAAAGAAGGACUAGCGCCGUUUAAGAGUAUGGUGAAUCAUGACUCCCAAGCCAUUUAUAUGGAGAUAAGUCGUGGUCCAACAUUUGGUGGAGGCCACGAUAUUUGCAUUGCUAACAACGCAGGUCAUAAUGCUCAUUCGUACACCAACUUUGGUCACUCUUUCUUGGCUCCUAGUGAAGUAAAGGAAAAAAUUACAGUGUUGGCUGGAACUCACCAUUUUACUCCCGACGAGGUAGAAGUAUUCUAUCUCCCUUAG